AUGGAGAGCAUCCACAAAUCUAAGGCUGAGAAGGCAGAGAAAAGACCUUGUCAGACCAAUUCGAUGCUAAGAGAGCAAAGAGCAAGGCUAGUAGGGAAUGAAAAGAUAGCUAGGAGGGAGGAGAUUAACUGCAUUCCCUUUGUAGGUAAGCACAAGGGUACUAGAGAGGCAAGGUUGCCAACUAAAGUACUUUGGAUGAGGAGAAUGAGGGUGCUCAGGCGCUUGCUUCGCAAGUACAGGGAGUCAAAGAAGAUUGACAAGCACAUGUAUCAUGACAUGUACAUGAAGGUUAAAAGCUUGUUUCCAAAAGGAGAUUCUGAAAUCAUCAUAACGAACUGGUAUGAAAUGCUCAAGUGA